GAGUAAGAAAAUUACCAAAAUAGAUACAACAAAUAUUCAAAUUUAUUGACAUUUCUAAGAAUUUUACCUACUUACUAUAUAUUAUAUAAAGUGAUACUACUAAUUAACUAAAAACAUAAUUCUAUGAAGCCCACUCCAACUACUCCGAUCAUUCUCUCCGAUAAUAUUAAGGUUAACGGAGUUGAAACUCCGGUGACUUUCACGGCUGUUGACGGCAAACUCCGGUGGCCGGGAAAUUGCUUGUCGAUUGAUAAACAUGUACUCGGAAUUUCUAUCGAAGGCUUUACGAUUAAAAUUAGGGCGGUUAAAGAGAAUAAAUGUGAAGACGAAUUCGGCUGCUGCUGCUGCCGCCGGUAUAGUACUGGAGGUACGAUGAGGAAGAGCUAUAGUUUUGAGAUGGUCGAUGAAAAUUCUGCGAGAAUUUGGAGUAACAAGCUUGAAGAGUUCAUUGAUUCGCUUGGUCGGCCAAAGAGACUUUUUGUGUUUGUGAAUCCUUAUGGCGGAAAGAAAUCUGCGUCAAAGAUUUUUGUUGACAGUGUAAAGCCAUUACUUGACGAUGCAAAUAUUGACUAUACAGUGCAAGAAACUAAAUAUCAGUUUCACGCGAAGGAAGUUGCUACAUCGUUGGAUAUUAUGAGAUAUGAUGGAGUUGUUUGUGUCAGCGGGGAUGGAAUUUUGGUUGAGGUAGUUAACGGACUACUUGAAAGGGAGGAUUGGGAAUCUGCAAUAAAGAUGCCUCUCGGAGUAGUACCUGCAGGUACCGGAAAUGGCAUGGCGAAGUCUCUUCUAGAUGCUGUCGGUCUAUCUUGUACUGCGUCCAAUGCAACGCUUGCUAUUAUUAGAGGCCACAAGCAAUCACUAGAUGUAGCUACUAUUUCACAGGGGCAGAGCCGGUUUUUCAGUGUGCUGAUGCUCGCGUGGGGUCUAAUAGCUGAUAUUGAUAUCGAGUCUGAGAAGUAUAGAUGGAUGGGUAGUGCUCGAAUAGAUUUUUAUGCAAUGCAACGAAUAUUCCGGCUUAGGAGGUACAACGGCUGUAUAAAAUUUGUGGCUGCACCAGGUUAUGAAACUUUCGGAGAACCAGCUGAACCGGAAGGUGAAACCAUUAGUGAAGUUAAAUCGAAUUUCGUUCAGCACAAGGGAUAUCGUGGUCCUGCUUUGCAUAUGAAGGAAUUCAACCGUAAGAUUGAGGGGCCUUUCGUAUCAGUUUGGCUUCAUAACGUACCCUGGGGAGGUCAAGAUGCUCUCGCAGCUCCUGACGCCAAGUUUUCAGAUGGUUACUUGGACUUGGUGUUGAUAAAGGAGUGUCCGAAGUUAACAUUGCUAUCGUUGAUGACCGAGUUAAACAAAGGCGGCCAUGUGAAAUCACCACAUGUCUUGUACUUCAAGGUUAAAGCGUUUGUUCUGGAGCCGGGCGCACGAGUAGAUGAUCGAUCAAAAGAAGGGAUUAUAGAUGUAGAUGGUGAAGUUCUUGCAAGUGGUAAAGGAACAUACAAAUCAAAUUACAAGACAUUGAUGACAUAUGACAAGAUUUAUAUAAAAGUAGAUCAAGGGUUGGCUACUGUAUUUUCUCCUAGUACUAUUUCUUAAAAAAAAAAAAAAAAAAUUGGCUGUUUUGUUUUUUGAAAGAGAAACUUUAUAGUUAGUUCUUGUGAUAAAAAAGUAAUGUAUAUACUAUGAUAUAAAAAGGGUAAAUAAAAGAAAGAAUAAAGAAUUUGGAAACAACUUUUCUCCAA